GGGGAAGGUAGCACGCAGGGGAAAAAGCAAGGUGCAGGGGGAAGCAGAGCGUGCGGGGGGGGAAGGUAACGUGCGAGGGAAAAAGCAGCGCGUGGGGGGGAGAAAGGGUGACGAUGAUGAUGAUGAUCAUCAUGAUGACGAUGAUCAUAAUGACGAUGAUGAUGAUGAUCAUGAUCAUGAUGACGAUGAUGAUGACGACGAAGAGAACGAUGAUGAUGAUGAUGAUGAUCGAAUUGAGAUCAAUUCGAUUUUGGAAUCAAAAUCGGAUUGAUUUCGAUUUUGAAUCGAAAUUGAUUUGAUUUCGAGAUCGAAAUCGAAUUGAUAUCGAUUUCGAAAAUCAAUACGAUUUCGAUUU